AUGGAUGUAAUGAAACAUGGUUUGUCGGAGAUAUUGUCCCCGGGCGGAAAGGUGGUUUCGAGGCUUGUCUGGGGGUUGGUGGCGUCUCUUGUAGUACUCACCGCCCUCUUGCUCAACUCUCUUAAAGGUCCUAUUAUCGUGGGGUCUUUCUUCCAAGGGUCUUAUAGUCCGAACAAUACCACCGCCGUCUCACUUCGUUCCUCGGUUGCCGAGGCACCGCAGCAACUGCCUGUUGUCGAGGGACCGCAGCAGACGCCUGUUGCCGACGGACCGCAGCAGACACCUGUUGCCGACGGACCGCAGCAAGGGCCUGUUGGCACCGAGAAAAAGAUUGAACCUGAUGCGUCAAACGUUACAGAAAAGCAAGACAUUUUGAAGCAGAUUGAGGAUAAUCGGCCGUUUCUGGGGAACCCCCGGUUGGGAAAUUUAUCUGAGGCAGCAAAUAAUGGAACUUUGGUUGGUGGAAAUGCGAAUGCAAACAAUGAGGGCAAUUCGUCGAGCAAAGAGGAAGUUAUCGGAGAAGAUAAGGCUAUGGAAUUGAAUGAUCCAAGGCAUAAUGAUACUUUCAAGACAUGUGAUUUCUUUGACGGUAAGUGGGUGAGGAAUGAUCGUUGGAUGCCAUAUUAUCGGCCAGGAUCUUGUCCUUUCAUUGAUAAAGACUUCGAUUGUCAGCGCAAUGGCCGGCCUGAUGAUGGCUACAUUAAGUGGAGAUGGCAACCAAAUGGAUGCGACAUACCACGGCUGAAUGCAACUGAUUUUCUGGAGAAACUGAGAGGAAAAAGGCUGGUUUAUAUCGGAGAUUCCUUGAACCGGAACAUGUGGGAGUCGAUGGUGUGUAUUCUCCGCCAUAGCGUCAAGAAAAAGAAGAGAGUUUAUGAAAUUUCCGGUAGAACUGAUUUUAAGAAACGGGGAGUUUUUGCAUUCAGGUUUGAGGACUACAAUUGCUCGGUGGACUUUGUUUCUGCUCCGUUUCUCGUCCGAGAAUCAUAUUUCAAGCGAGAAAACGGAUCAAUAGAGACACUUAGGUUGGAUCUCAUGGAUCCGGCAACUUCAACGUAUCAUGAUGCGGACCUCCUGGUGUUCAAUACGGGUCAUUGGUGGACUCAUGAUAAAACUUCCAAAGGCGAAGAUUAUUACCAAGAAGGCGACCACGUGUACCAGCGGCUCAAAGUCCUGAAAGCUUAUCAGAAGGCACUAACAACCUGGUCGAGAUGGGUUGACUCGAAUGUCGACAGCAGUCGAACUCAGGUUUUCUUCAGGGGAUACUCUGUUGCCCAUUUCUGGGGAGGCCAAUGGAACUCCGGAGGAAAUUGUCACCAGGAAACCGAGCCGAUCACCAACGAAACAUACUUGACCAAUUACCCAUCCAAAAUGAGAGCCCUGGAACAUGUUCUUCAACAGACCAAAACUCCAGUCAUAUACUUCAACGUAAGCAGGCUCACCGAUUACCGAAAAGAUGCGCAUCCCUCUAUAUAUAGAAGCGAGUACAAGACCGAAGAAGAAAGGAAUCGUGCAGUGGCGGUUCAAGAUUGCAGUCAUUGGUGCUUGCCCGGCGUACCCGAUACAUGGAACGAACUACUGUAUGCUUCAUUGCUGAAGGCUGGAAAGGGAAUUUGGGGAAACUGAGCAAAACCUACGGCCCUUGAUCGAGUUCUAUAUGUAAC